CCUCACCCUGCCACGCAUCAAUAAAGGGUCUGGGGGUUAGUCAAGCUAAGGUGUUGACGACCAAGUGCCCCUGCAUCGUUCCAAACGUUUGAAAAGGCAAGGGACUGGAGGCCUAAGCCAAGCCGCUAGUAAACGACGCUAGGCGCAUUCCUACCUAGCGGCCACGAUGUCUCUCAAACGUCCUUACGCUGACGUCUUCGCGGAUGAUCGCUCGAUAGCGGACGGCGAUGAGUCCGCAUGUGCCAUCCAAGAUACCCCAGCCCUGCAAGAGUCGUCGUGGGGCAAUUAUGUGGCCGAACUGCUCAACCCUGUAACUCCACACGGGGCUGAUGGCGAGUACGCCGACUACUGCCCCGUUGAUGAGUCUCUAUUCUUUACGCAGAGGCAGAUCGACCAAUGGGCAGCGGAGAAUUUCCCGUCUCUGACCACCUCCAUAUCAUCCAGUCCUGACCAGGAAGGCGAACAGAUUUGUUACGGAAUGUUGUUUCGAGUUCCGGUGAAACUAUGUGGAGAUAUGGCCGUCCUUGACAGCCGAUUGAGCUCUGCAGAUGACUACCCAUUCCGAGGCCACUACCAAAUGCAGAUCGUCCGACACGAGGACCAGACCAUCAUCGGCUUCCCAGAUUCCACUUCCUUUGGAGAAGCGAACGCUCAACUAGAAAAAGCUCUCAAAACCAUCGCUGAUCAGCGGUAUCAGAUCGAUCUCGAGGUACUUGCUCACGUCAAGUCUAUCCGAGAAGUCAUCCACAAGUCGACGAAGGAGAAAGAUGCUGUUGUCCGCGUGAAUAUCAAUCUGUACGGUGCGAGGUGUACUGCUCAAGGUGUUGGCCGAGAGCUUUCCCGAAACAAGCUCUAUCUGCAACGACCUGACUACAUGCGACCGGGUUCGCAUUAUGAUAAUCCCCAUGAGCUCAAGUUACCCGACUAUCAAUCAUCAUUCCAAGACUAUGUAAUGCACUUGCCGGAGGAGAAGAAGUCUGAAAGCGAGAUCAACAAGGCUGAAGCAUUCAAAACGACUCUCUCUACCGUCUACUCCUCGCUUACACGCGGUCAAAAGUUGAUCGGCCUAGAGGGCGAUGACAGCUUGAAGACUCCACUUCUACUACACCAAAUGCAGGCCCUUGACUUCAUGACGCAACGCGAAAGUGGUCCCAUACCCGAAGAAUUCCGUUUGUGGAAACUUAUCGAGAUAGAUGGGAAGACUUAUUAUCGCCAUAUUGUUACAAAUAACACGUCUCCUAUCUUUCACCCUGAAACAGGGGGCGGCAUUCUAGCGGACGAAAUGGGGAUGGGCAAGACCUUGAGCAUCCUGGCUCUCAUACUGAGGACACGCGACUCUGCUUAUGAAUGGGCACACGAGGCUACCCUCGCACACGAGAUACGACCAGAGCACAAACGGAGACGCCGGACGAGAGCAACCCUGAUAGUCGCAUCUUCAGACUUGAUGAUCAACGAAUGGUUUCAGGAAAUGGAGAGACAUUUUCGCAACCAAGUCCGUGGUGCCUUGAGAACUAUCAAGUACCAUGGCACGAACCGGGAAACCAACCCAACGAAGCUCUGUGAUGCUGAUCUCAUCAUCACAACUUAUCAUACCCUCGCUUCAGACUACGCAAAAGAUAGGAGCCCGUUGAACGGCAUCGAAUGGUACAGAUUAGUACUUGACGAAGCGCAUAUUAUACGGCGGCAAUCUACCGUGCUAAAUCGCACCGUGACCGAAUUAAACGCUCGGUCACGAUGGUGUCUCACCGGGACCCCUAUACAGAAUCGAUUGGAAGACAUCGGCGCCUUGUUUGCUUUCAUCAAGGCCAACCCCUUCCACACCCUCUCAACAUUCAAAAAGCACAUUUCCCUACCUUUCGACGAGGGCGGUAAGCGACGGGCGGUGGCUACCGAGAACUUUACACUGCUACUAGACUCUUUGUGUCUGCGGCGGACCAAAGACCUGCUUCAUCUUCCAGAUCAGAGAGACUGCGUUCGCGUGAUUGAGUUUUCAGCUGAAGAGAAAAGGCAAUACGAACAGACGAAGAAAACAAUGUUCCGAGCUGCCAAGAACCAGGUAGGCGGUUUCGAUCAAAGAAGCACGCUGGGAAUGUUUCAGGUGUGGCUCCAGCUUCGCAUUCUUUGCAACCACGGUACCUAUCAACAGCCGUUCUCCUGGAACCGACGGAAGCUGCACCUGCUAGACGAAAGAGAGGCGAUAGAGACUUCGCUAGGGAGAAAUGGGGAAGUGACUUGCUCGGCUUGUAAGCAGACGAUGCCCAUUAUCGGUUCUGGUUUGUACCGGCGCUUCACUGAACACUGCCGCCACGUCCUAUGCUCCGAAUGCAUCGAACAGAGCACCCCGGACGGUCAGGACACUCUUCCAAAGAGCUGUCCCUUGUGCGCGCCGUUGUGGGCCAACCCUCCUCAUCACCAAAGGCCUACCCUUUUCUCGGAGGAUGAGGGGUAUUUCCGAUCGCAGGGGAGAUCCUCCAAAAUGGAAGCCCUAAUGGUGGAUGUAAAAGCCGACCUUGGGGUUAGCAAGAGUAUCAUCUUUUCCUGUUGGACUCACACCCUGGAUCUUAUACAAUUGUAUCUAAAAGCGGCCGGAAUCACCUUCCAACGUAUAGAUGGCGAAUGUGCUACAUCCAAACGCCAGCAUAUCCUGGACAACUUCGCCCACAACCCGCAAUUGCGCGUCUUGAUCAUGACGACAGGGACCGGUGCUGUAGGGCUAAACCUUGCCACGGCAAACCGCGUGUUCCUCGUCGAACCACAAUGGAAUCCAAGCGUCGAGAACCAGGCCAUCGCACGGGCUCUGCGUCUCGGGCAAGAGCAACCAGUCCAGGUGACUAGAUAUGUUGUCAAUAGGUCUGUGGAGCAGGAAAUGCGAUCGCUUCAAGAUCGGAAGUUGGAAAUUGCAGGUAUCGCGUGGGAGUAAUUGGAAGCGCUUGGUCUCAGGCUCUGGAGCCAUGCUGAAAUUCGAGUUGAUUGUGGGUCCUCUCGCCGGUGAUUUUCGAGUACCUCUCUGCGCUUAAGGGACCUUGCGAGACAUGAAGAGCGUUUCUUUAGAUCAUUUUGCGGUACAUGCUUGCUGAGCCGGUCAAUGAGCUCUUGUGGGAGAUGGUCCAUCUCGCUUGAAGCCGGAACUAGCAGUCACUCUAUUGGGUGGACUAUACAUCGAUCGGUCAGAGAAUAUCAUUCCGGGAUGUUAUUGAGGAAUUGCCUCCACAAUAAUAGGUGCGAAAGGAUUGACCAUUCCUCAUUUAGUAAGCUCGUUGAACCAACCAUUCCACCAACAAGCCCAUCGCCAACCGCCUGGAUAUCUACAGAUCGAGGAAA